UUGGUGUCGAGGAAUGAUAAUUUUGAAACUCUUGGUAGUAUGGAAUUAUACUAAAGAUUGGGGGAAGUCUUUAAAGUUGACCGGCUCUCUUAAGACAACUUCAGGAAAACAGCACCUGAAAAAAAAAAAAAAAAAAAAACUUCAGGAAAACAGGAAACGGUGUCGUUGUCAAAGUUUUUUCAGCAAACAAAAAACACGGUACGUUUCUGACCAUUAGCCGGAUCAAACAGAAAGCAAUCUUCCCCGAUGAAUCCACGAAGAAACCUCCCAAAAUUCAAUCAUUUUAUUUAAUCUCCCCAUCGGAUCCCACUCCAUCCUCAUUAUAACUCUUGUCACUUUCCCGAGAUAUUUAAUACGAAAACCAUACCCCUACUUUUCUUGAGAAAAUGUCGCACUCACUCAGUGAUACCAUACCUCUGCACUCUUCGUCCCAAUCCGACAUCGACGAGAUCGAAAACCUGAUCCACGCCAGCGUCCAAUCAGGCCAAUCCACUGUCCUUCCGGCCCCGCUUCCCAGUCCGACCCCGCCCGCCACGAUCCCUGUCUCCUCUGCUUUGUCUACUCCUUUCAUUAAUUCGAACCUCCCUUCAGUUCCUCCUUCUUCCAAUCAGAAGGUGCCGUCUGUCCUCGACGCGCUUCCGCCUCCGUUCCCGCCGUCGACUAAUCCUACCAGUUCUCGUUCGAAUGUUGGGGCUAGCGGUUUCGGGCCCGCUCCAAACACAUUGACGGAGCCGGUUUGGGACACGGUGAAGAGAGAUCUGUCGCGAAUUGUGAGUAAUUUGAAACUGGUUGUGUUUCCAAAUCCAUAUAGAGAAGAUCCGGGAAAAGCGCUGAGAGAUUGGGAUCUGUGGGGCCCCUUCUUCUUUAUAGUUUUUUUAGGGCUCACUCUCUCGUGGUCAGCCUCUGUCAAGAAGUCUGAGGUAUUCGCUGUUGCAUUUGCACUACUUGCAGCUGGUGCUGUUAUAUUGACAUUGAACGUGCUGCUAUUGGGUGGUCACAUAAUUUUCUUCCAGAGUCUUAGUCUUCUGGGUUAUUGUCUGUUCCCACUUGAUGUGGGAGCCUUAAUCUGUAUGUUGAAGGAUAACGUGAUGGUGAAAGUGAUUGUGGUGUGUGUGACAUUGGCUUGGAGCUCAUGGGCCGCCUAUCCUUUCAUGAGUUCAGCUGUGAACCCCAGGAGAAAAGCCCUUGCACUCUACCCCGUCUUCCUCAUGUAUGUCUCCGUUGGUUUUCUCAUCAUUGCCAUUGAUUAGCAUGAUGUUGCUGCUCAUUACAGGGGAUUCCCAUACCAAAUUGAGUUUUGAACUUUGAAAUAUUUUACAUUGUAUGAAAGAAACUUCUGGGUAGCUUUACACAACACUGUUUUAUAUGUUGGAGAGUAUCCUUCAGGUUAUCGUACCAAAAGUUCUGCGCGGGUGGGUGAUCAAAUGAUGAAUUGUAGGCAGCUGUAAGCUUCCUCUUAAAGAGUUUUUGAUUAAUUGUACCUGGAGAGUAUGUUAAUAUAUAUAAACAAGUUCCUUCAAUUCAAUCUACCGUAUUGGCUGUAUAGGUAAUUGGAUAAGUAUUAUAUAAUCUUCAGCUGAAGAUAUAUAUAUAUAUUUUUGUUUUGAGUCUUUA